AUGCUGGUGUCCUUCGACGCGCCGGACGCCCGCAGCCUGCGCACUGCCGUCAACGCGUUCAUGGACCUGCUGGUGGUCGUCACACAAACGCUCGAGCGCUUCGGCGGCGAUCAGCCUGCCGGCGAGCUGACGAACUCGGAGCGGCUGGCGGCCGAGCGGGCCUGGCUGGCGCGGGUUAGCGCCGCGCCGGCGCCGCCGGAACCUGGCCAGCCCAGCGCCUACGUGCUGGCCAUGUUCCCCUACCCGUCCGGCCGGCUGCACAUGGGCCACGUGCGCGUGUACGCCAUCAGCGACGCGGUGGCUCGUUUCCAUCGGCUCAUGGGCAAGCAGGUGAUCCACCCGAUGGGCUGGGACGCGUUCGGACUGCCGGCGGAGAAUGCCGCGCUCGAGCGCCGCCUGCCGGCCGACGAGUGGACGCACGACAACAUCGCGCACAUGCGCAGCCAGCUGGAGCGCAUGGCCUGCUGCUUCGACUGGGGCAGCGAGCUGACCACCUGCCGGCCCGACUACUACCGCUGGACACAGUGGCUCUUCCUGCGGCUCUACCGCGCCGGCCUCGUGUACCGACGAGAGGCGCUGGUGAACUGGGACCCGGCCGACGGCACGGUGCUGGCCGACGAGCAGGUGGACGAGCAGGGCCGCUCGUGGCGCAGCGGCGCGCUCGUCGAGCGGCGCCACCUGCGCCAGUGGUUCGUGCGCACCACGCGCUUCUCGGAGCGGCUGCGGCGCAGCCUCGACUCACCGCAGCUGCGGGACUGGCGCGACAUCGUCCAGCUGCAGAAGCAUUGGAUCGGAGAGUGCGACGGCUGGAAGUUCGAGCUGAAGGUGGAGGACACCACCGACCCGGACUCGCGGCCGGACCCGCUCCUGCUCUGGACAGCCGACCCGCGCCGCUUCGCCCGCGCCUCCUUCAUCGGCCUGCGCUCGGAGCACGCGCUGGCAAGACGCCGGCCCUCCGGCGGCGGCGCGGCGACGCCCCUCAGCGCGCUGAACCCGGCGACGGGCGGCCGGCUGCCGCUGCUCGUCAGCGACGCGCUGACCUUCCCCGACGGCGCCGACGCCAUGCUCCGCCUGCACGACUGGCUGGUGUCGCGCCAGCGGUACUGGGGCACGCCCAUCCCCGCCGUGCACUGCCCGGCGUGCGGCGCCGUGCCGCUGCCCGAGCGCGAGCUGCCCGUCCGGCUGCCCCGGCUGCCCGCGUCGGGCGGCGGCGGCUCGCCACUGCUGGAAGCCACGGACUGGCUCAAGGUCGACUGCCCGAGCUGCGGAGGACCGGCGCAGCGCGAGACGGACACCAUGGACACCUUCGUCGACUCGUCCUGGUACUACCUGCGCUUCCUGGACCCGCGCAACUCGAACGCGCCCUUUGACCCUGACAAGGUCAACGCGCACAUGCCGGUCGACAUCUAUGUCGGCGGAAAAGAGCAUGCCGUGCUGCACCUGUACUACGCGCGCUUCAUCCACCACUUCCUGCACUCGCUGGGGCUGGUGACCUGUGAGGAGCCAUUCUCGCGUCUGCUGGUGCAGGGCCAAGUCAUGGGCCAGAGCUACCGCGUCACCGAGACGGGCCGCUACCUCCGGCCCGACCAGGUGCAGAUGUCAGAGUCAGGAGAUGCGGUGGACGUGGACUCCGGCCGGCCGGUCACCGUCCAGUGGGAGAAGAUGUCCAAGUCGAAACACAACGGCGUGGACCCGGCGGAGGUGAUUGGCGAGCUGGGCGCCGACACCAUGCGGCUGCUGAUGCUGGGGACGGUGGCGCCCACCUCGUCACGACACUGGUCCAGCGACUCGUUCCCGCCGCUGCUGGCCUGGCAGCGCCGGCUCUGGAUGACGGUCGGCGACCUCCUGCGCCUGCGGUCCGCCCCCGCCCCACCGGCGGGGUCCGGGGCAGGGGAUGAGGUGGAGCUAACGCGGCUUGAAGCGGAGAUGAGGGAGACGCGUAACUACUUCGUCCGCGCCGUCACGCUCAAUUUCCAGGAGACGCAUCAGCUGAGCGUGGCCAUCACCCGACUGCAGGGACUCACCACGGCACUGAGGAGGCUGCCCGCCUGGUACCAGGCGCAGGGCGCAGAGUAUGAGCGCGCGCUCGGUGACCUGCUGAUCAUGACGUCACCGGUCAUGCCGUGCCUGGCCGCAGAGAUGUGGGCCGCAUUUACCAGUGUUGUGCGACACGCCCACCCCAGCCACCAGCAGGACUGCACGGUGCUGGAGCAGCGCUGGCCAACAGUCGAUGAGGACGCCGCACUAGAGCUGAGCGUCGAGAUCAACGGCCAGGAGUCGGCCGUGGUCCCGCUGCCGCGGCGCCAGCUGGACGCGCUGACGCAGGCGGAAGCCUGGCGCCUGGCGCAGGCGGUGCCGGUCGUGGCGCGCUACACGGCUCCGGCCGCACAGGCGGACGCUGAGCGGGAGGAGGUGCUGCGCAAGCGGCAGGAGCGCAAGCAGGCCAAGAAGGAGCGGCGCGAACAGCGCCUGCAGCGACGCAGUGAACCGCUGCCGGCGGGCCACGCCAAGCCCGUGCGACGCCAGACGCAGUGA